AGACAAGCUUUGACUUUCGUUUAGUGUCUGGGACAGACCACUUUCCGUCUGUUGCUCGCAGUUUGUUUCAAACAAUCAAUCGGACCGGGUUCGUCCGAAAUCGCGCUGAUCACAUACAUAGGAACACAAUCUACACACUCUCAGCUGGAAUCAGCAGGAACAAUCGUCUCUGUUUGAGCUGCAAACAAACGCGUCGAUAAAAACAAAGGCAAACAAAUAAUAACGUAUACUCGAACACAUCGGGCGUAUACGCUAUAAGCAACUUGUUAUAUUUAUCGCAACAAUAAACAAAGCUCCCGGGGAUCUCCUCCCCGCCCUCGGCCACCGACCAAGAAAGAGGAGAAACGUGAAAUGGCUACGCCAGGCGCCGCCGACAUGGCAGUCAUCUCUAGCCUGUUUGUGUUGGUAGCUCUCUCGUCCAGUUUCUGCUCGGCCGGAACCCUCAACGCCCGUCCUGCUUUCCCCGUGCAAACCGGCCAGAUUCAGCCCAGCGCCCAGAGCAGCAAGCAGCCCGGCAGACGCGUCAUGAAUCCGGCAUUUGCCAACGCCGGCCGCACUCCUGGCCUGGAGAUCUGGCGCAUAGAGAAUUUCGAGCCCGUUGUCUAUCCAAAAAAUAACUAUGGCAAAUUCUACACUGGGGAUUCGUUUAUAGUUCUUAAUACAAUUGAAAGUCAAAAAGACAAGAAACUGUCCUGGGAUGUUCACUUUUGGCUGGGAUCAGAGACCUCUACCGAUGAGGCAGGAGCAGCAGCUAUUCUUACCGUCCAGUUGGAUGACUUGCUAAAUGGUGGUCCUGUCCAACAUCGGGAAGUGCAGGACCACGAGUCCCAGUUGUUCCUCGGCUACUUCAAGAACGGCAUUCGCUACGAGCAGGGCGGCGUCGGUACAGGCUUCAAACACGUGCAGACCAAUGCCCAGGGGGAAAAGCGACUCUUCCAGGUAAAAGGAAAGCGCAACGUGCGCGUCCGACAGGUGAACCUAUCGGUGUCGUCAAUGAACAAGGGCGACUGCUUUAUUUUGGAUGCUGGGAGCGAUAUAUAUGUCUUCGUGGGCUCCCAGGCAAAGCGCGUGGAGAAGCUGAAGGCCAUCAGUGCUGCGAACCAGAUCAGGGACCAGGAUCACAACGGACGAGCCCGUGUGCAGAUCAUCGACGAUUUCAGCACUGAUUCCGACAAGCAGCAGUUCUUUGACGUACUCGGAUCGGGUUCUGCUGACCAGGUGCCCGAGGAGUCUACCGCCGACGAGGACGGCGCGUUUGAGAGGACGGACGCUGCAGCAGUUUCCCUUUACAAGGUUAGCGACGGUAGUGGCAAGCUCCAGGUGGACGCAAUUAGCCAAAAACCACUCACUCAGGCUAUGCUGGACACUCGCGAAUGCUUUAUCCUGGACACCGGGUCUGGCAUCUUCGUGUGGGUGGGAAAGGGUGCCACACAGAAAGAAAAGACGGACGCUAUGUCCAAGGCACAGGAGUUCCUGCGCAGCAAGAAAUAUCCGGCCUGGACCCAAAUUCACCGCAUUGUAGAGGGCGCCGAGUCUGCACCAUUUAAGCAGUACUUUGCCACUUGGCGUGAUGUCGGAAUGGCGCAUACUCGCCUCAUUAGGUCGGCCUUGGACAUCGGUUCUGAUGAAUCUCUUGAUGUUGACGAAAUCGACGCUGUUAUGACUCAGCUUAAGAAAAGCGGCGGUCGUGCCUUCGGCUUUAUGCCGGAUCAUGGUCAGAACAGCAUUGAAACCAUCACACAGUACGUUGCAAAGCCUGGUUCUGAUGAGAUCCAGGUCAACACCGUUUCCUUUGAGGAAGGCCUUCCCCUUCUCGGAUUCGGUUCAUAUGUUCUCACUUACAACUACGAGGCCAACAACGGAGACACAGGCUCGGUCACAUAUGUGUGGCAGGGAUUAAAAGCCCCCGCCGCCGUUGAGGAGCGCGCAUUCAACGAGGGUCUAGCUGUAGCACGCUCCAAGGUAGGACUUCUUGUGUUGGCAAAUCAGGAUCAUGAGCCGCGCCACUUCUACAAGAUCUUCAAGGGAAAGUUGUUAACAUCAUACACCGCCCUGCCGGUGACGGCGCAGCUGUUCCGCAUACGGGGCACCGUCGAAAGCGACAUCCAUGCCAGCGAGGUACCCGCCGACAGUUCAUCCUUAGCCUCGGGUGACGCGUUCGCCCUCCUUUCCGGCAAGUCCCACAAGAUCUACAUUUGGAACGGCUUAGGUGCAUCUGUCUUUGAGAAAAAAGCGGCCCUUGAUCGCUUCUCGAUCUACUGGGAGGACGUCGAGAUUGAGCAGGUGGAAGAGGGUGCGGAGCCUGAAGAGUUCUGGGAUGAGUUAAACGGCGAGGGCCAGUACGAUCGCAGCUUGGGCGACCUCGGAGCUCCGCUGCUGGAGUCGCGCCUCUUCCAUUGUCGAGUGAGCUCUGCCGGACUUGUGCGGGUUGAGGAAGUGGCUAAGUACGAGCAGGAGGACUUGGACUCCGAUGACAUCAUGCUGCUGGAUGCUGGGGACGAGAUCUACCUGUGGGUCGGGUCUGGCGCCUCUGAGGAGGAAAAUCAGAAGAUUCUAGACAUGGCUAAGCGGUAUAUCUUAUUGGAACCCACUGCUCGCUCCUUUGACACAGUUAGCAUCAUCCGCGUCCCCCAGGGCAAGGAGCCAAACGUUUUUAAGCGCAUGUUCCCGGACUGGGACGACCAUUACUGGAAGAACCUGCCCUCCUAUGAAGACAUAAGACGAAAUGUUAAUGAUGCCAACAAUGAAGUCUAAGUGCACUGAUUUAAUUUUCAGAAAAAUAACCAAAUAUGUUUUUGUUUUUGCCUUUUUAAAAUGUGUAUUUUAUGUAACUUUAUAAUAAAUCUAACUUUACAAAAUA